CUGCGCUGUGACAGCGGAGCUCUAUCCGGCGAAGCGCUAACUGAGCAGACGCAAUCUAGAUAGCCAUGGCGGCGACAGGAGGAGGGAAAAUCAGAUCAAGAAGACACCACAUCGCUUCAAAACCUUAUGCCAAAGGCAAAACAGGUAAAUCAAACGAAUCCCUACAGCAGCCUGGCCUGAUCAGUCGGGUCACAGAUACAGUGAAGAGCAUAGUCCCCUCCUGGCUGCAGAAUUACUUCAAAAAUGGAGAAGUUUCAGAGGGUGAUACCAGUGCAGUCGGAGUGGACCGGAAUAAUGUGGCUCCCCCUAAUGGCAGCGACGAAGUCACCCCGCUCCCAGAUGGACGACACUCUCCAGAGCCGAGCACAAGUAACACAGAACCAUCUACGAGUAGAGCGUCACGGAACUACCAUGAAGCUCUUUCGAGACCCCCACUCAAUCGGACCCACCUGCACUUCCCCUCUCUGGAUGGUUCCCCAUUAGGUGGCACAAGCUCCCUCUUCUCCCAGCCCUCCACAUCCACAGCACCCUUCUCAGGGAGCCCUUUCGCUGUAACCUCCAACUUCUCCCUGGUGAAAGAGAUUAAGGAUUCCAGUUCUCAGCAUGAGGAUGACAAUAUCUCGACUACCAGUGGCUUUUCGUCACGUGCAUCUGAUAAAGAUUUGCCCACAUCGAAGAAUGUGCCACCCCUUUGGUCUCCAGAGACAGAACGCACCCACAGUGGAUCACAGACAGCCCACUCUGGGUUGAAAAAACCAGCCUUCAACCUGUCAGUCUUUGGCACUUCCUCAUCAUCAGUGUUGAGCAGUUCAGUGCUGAACUCCAGUCAGUUGGGGGAUUCACCCUUCUACCCAGGGAAGACCACGUAUGGAGGAGCUGCUGCAAUGAGAUCGGCUCGUUCGCGUCCAGCUACUCCUUACCAGCCUCCCGUUAGGAGACAGAUAAAGGCAAAGCCAGCUGGCGCUCAACCCUGUGGAGUAACCAGUGCCACAGCGAGACGCAUCCUACAGUCCCUGGAGCGCAUGUCCAGUCCUCUUGCUGAUGCAAAAAGAAUUCCGUCUACAGUUUCAUCACCUCUGUCAGCUUCACUGAAUCACACAGACCUUGAUGUUUCAAAUUUUCAGGCAAAGAGGAAAAGGCUGGAGCCGUCAGUCCCUCCUGUGCAAAAGCUGGUGGUCCCUGCAGCUGCUGCAGUGUCUGGUAACCGUUCGGUAUCCUUUAGACCAUCACUGACCCCAGGUGGAGUGAACAGAGGAGUGGAGAAAAACAACAGGGAGACUGCGGUAAGACAAUCCCCUCAAAUUUCAGAUCAUGGCCAGGCUCCCUCUCCCAGCACAAGCAGUUUGUCCUACCCCUUGUCCAGCACACCUGCAGUCAGUAGCGCUGGUUCAAUAGGGGGCAAAAUGAAGAGGGAUAGGGCCAUCAGACCUUCAUCCAAAAAACCUGAAGAUGAGUUUGUCGAGGAACCAGACCUGCCCCCUGCUUCUCUUCCCAGCAGUUUCACUUUGCCAACAUUUAAUUUCUCCUCUCCUACCCCCACCUCAUCGCUCCCCUCAAAACCAUUUGCGACUGCCUCUGAGGAACCGGCAGCAAAUAAGGAGGCAGCUGCACCAUCCACACCACCAUCUGUCCCCUUCACGUUCUCUUCACCUAUCGUCAAGGCAACAGCUGCCAGUCCUCCAACUUUCUCUCCAUCAUCUGGAUUCACCUUCAGUGCGCCUACUAUGAAGACGGGCCCCUCUUACUCCAAUGGGAAAAUUGUUCCAACAGUAGCACCAGUCAAAUCAGUGGCCAGUGAAGAAAAGGAGUUUGAAGGACCCUUCAAACCUGCAAAGGUUUUAAAACAGGGCAGUGUAUUGGAUAUACUUAAGGGACCUGGAUUUGCAACCCCUGCUCAGAAUGCAGUUGAUAAACCUCUGCCGUCUAUAUCAACAUCCUCUGCUGCUCUUUCGGGUUUUGGGGACAAGUUCAGGCCACCUGCAGGGUCAUGGAGCUGUGGUACUUGUCUACUGCAAAACAAGUCCUCAGACAAGAUGUGUGUAGCUUGUCUUGCACCGCAACCCAACACAGACUCUGCCUCUAAAUCAGACAGUAAACCCACAGAAGCUCCUGCGAGCAUCAGCUCCCUCUUCGCUCCUCCAGCUGGUAGCUGGGACUGUGACACAUGUUUGGUCAGGAACAAACCGGACGUAGUUAAAUGUGUAGCUUGUGACACGUCCAAACCAGGGACUGGAGUGAAAUCCAGACUGACUUUACCAGCUCUUUCUGACGCCUCGUCCACCCUCUCUGCCACCUCUUCUGCAACCACCACAGCAACAACAACUGCUUCUUCAGCAACUGGACUGUUAGGGUUUGGGGACAAAUUUAAGAAGCCAGAGGGGUCUUGGGAUUGUGAUGUAUGCAUGGUUCAAAACAAGGCACAGGAUGUGAAAUGUGUAGCCUGUCAGAGCUCUAAACCUGGAGCUGUAGCCACAUCGGUCUCGACCCCAGUCUCUGCACCUGCAAGCACUGCUGCGCCUUUGAUAGGAUUCGGGGACAAGUUUAAGAAACCUGAGGGGAGCUGGGAGUGUGAGGUGUGCUGUGUUCAGAAUAAGGCAGAGGACCAGCAGUGUGUGGCUUGCCAGUCAGCAAAACCAGGGGCUAAAAUAGAGUCCAAAGGUUUUAGUUCAUCAUUUGGCGUUCAGUCCAACAGUACAGAAUCAGGUUCAUCUGCUUUUAAGUUUGGUACCAGCUCUACGGACUCAACCUCUGCUGGACUGAAGUUUGGAGGCACUUUCUCAGAUACUACUUCCACCACAAGUGGAUUUAAAUUUGGAUUUGGGUCCUCCAACUCAACCUCAAAAUCAGAGGGCUUCAAAUUUGGAGGCUUAUCCUCGGAUGCAGCUUCUGGUGGGGUCACACUUGGGUGUGCCUCAUCAGAAUCCACAGCAAAAACAGAGAGCUUGUCAAAGGGCUUUACAUUUGGUGGAUCCGUAGAUGACUCGCUUGAAAAAAAGACUAAAUCUCAGGAUUCUAGUACAGGAUUUAAAUUUGGUGGUGAUGGUGGAAUCACUUUCAGCUCUCAAGCUUCUGGCUCCGAAAACUCAGCAUUUUUGUUUGGAGCUAAACCCAGUGAGAAAGGAAGCUCAGAUUCAUCCUUUAGUUUUUCUGUGCCCCCAUCCAAAGCUGAGAAAGAUGCUCCUGCUUCCUCAGAAACAGUUUCGACCACUGCAACAACGACGGCAGCGAAUGUCAUUCCUAUUUUUGGCAAGUCUUUAGUAGCUGAAUCUUCUGCAUUGAGAUUUGGGGAACCAUCAACGAAAUCGCAAACUCUAGUGACGUCCACCUUCACCUUCGGAAAAACGGAAGAGAAAAAGGACACCUCCGCACCCUCCGGUGCAUUCUUAUUCGGUGCUUCCAAGGAAGCUGACAAACCGGCACCAACCUUGGGCUUCUCUUUUGGCGAGCCGGACCCUCCAAAAGAUUUCCCCAAGCCUACACUUACAUUUGGGAAACCUGCUGAUUCAGCAGAAGCCCCAAAACCGUCAUUUAGUUUUGGACAGAGCAUGACAGAAACAUCUGCUCCAAAGCCCCCUUUUGGCUUAAUGGCCAACUCCUCAAGCACCCCAGCUUCCUCCAGCUCCAUUCCCAGCCUUUUUGGCACUCCCACUACCUCUUCCCUGACUCCCACACCUGCGCCCUCGAGUACCUUUGUGUUUGGCCAGAAUACCUCCACUGAUCAUACCGUGGCAAAGACUUUCAUGUUUGGACAGCAGCCGCAGGACAGCCAGCCCGCACCUCCUGCAGCACCUUCUGCUGCACCUGCCCCAGUACAACCCUUCCAAUUUGGCUCUGGUACAAACUCAUCCUCCACUGCAUUCACUUUUGGUGCCGUUGCGUCCUCCACCCCAGCCUCUUCCGCCCCAGCUCCACCUGCCAACCCUUCCCCAUUUGUCUUCAGUUCUACCACACCUUCAUCUGGCUUUGGUUCUGGACAGACCCCCAUCUUCGGUCAAAGUGCGUCUCAACCCAGUGCUCCUGCAUUUGGUUCAGCAGCACCUUCGUUCUCUGCCACUGCUUCGCCAGCUUCUGCCUUCGGAGCCAAGCCCAACUCUGCCUCUGUAUUUGGUCAGCAAGCUAACCCUGCACCUACGUUUGGAUCUGCUGCUUCCUCCACAGCCCAAGGAGGAUUCCAGUUUGGAAGUACUGGUGGAUUUGGAGCACAAGGGAGCAGCAAUAGUGUGUUUGCCUUUGGGGCCGGAUCAGCAGCUCCAGCAACUCCUGCCGCCAGUCCUGCCAUGCCCACUUUAAAUCCUCCCUCUGGUGGGGGCUUCAGCUUUGGUCAGACCCCUUCUUUUAACAUUGGGUCAGGAAAGAGUUUCAACGCAACACCAUCUGGGCAGACUUCAGUCACUGGACGUAAAAUCAAAACUGCUGUUCGACGCAGGAAGUAAAUGUUGGAAAGGAUUUGUUUUGGUUUGGACGUAGACUGUUGGGACAAACACUGAAGUACUUAGUAUUUUGAGCAUGGCACUGAUUUACUCGUAGUGCCAAGAGAUUUGUUUUUUGCUAUGGAGGUCAUUGAUAAACUGAAUGGGGAACACUGGCCCACACAAAGAACCUAACCAAGACUUAAGGAUGCAAAAUAACACAUUACAAUCAAGCAAGAACCUUUUAAACAGGACAGUAAAUCUUUGCAGCAUCUGCAUUGUGUGCAGGAUUUUUUUUUUUUUUUGUAAGUAAAUAAAAAAAAAAAAGAAUUGAAUGAUGCUCUGAAGAAAAAGUGUUGAUCGGUUGCUUAUGCUUGGUGACUUCAUAUGGCUGAGAAACAGACCUAUUUGCUGAAUCUACAGAAGGGUGUGUUUUCUUGUACUGAAUGACCGGUGUAUUUUUCUGUGCACAGGUUGUGUGUGUAUGUGUGGUUUCUUUUGUAUGUGCCGAAAAGUGUUUGAUGUAAAGAUGUAGCCUGUGCGCCUGAGUGCUGUCUGAUGUGAGAAGCAAAAUGAAUGUUUUAAGGUGGUCGGGUGACGUUGAGGGCCAUGCACCUCCAAUGCAGAGAUUUGCAGGCAAGGAAGAAAAAGGAAAAGUCCUUAAUUCUUCUCUCUAAAACUGUAGUUCUGAAUCUGUUCACGUUCAUCUUGUAUACUUUUUUCUUAUGUAUUCCCUCUUACUUUGUCUACCCUCUCUAUUUGAUACCAACUUCUCUUUCUCUCUAGAUUUUUUUUUCUUCUUGUCUUCUCAUCCUUUUACUUGCGCUUUUGAAUCAAAUAAUUGGCCUUUGAAUAUUAUUAAAAAAAAUUGUAAAUAGUGAAUUUUUUUUUUAAUCUGUGAAGUUUUGUGUGUUAAAACAACUUUUUUUGUGUUCUGUGUUCAGUCUUUUAGAAAUUAUUAUGUAAAGCCCUUAAUUCAAAGUUGCCCAAAUCCAUUUAAAAGUAAACUUAAAUGCAAAUUGGGGAUCCUUUGAAGACUAAAGGAAUAUUGGCUUUUCUGAUCCACUUUUGUUUGGACCAAAACCAGUAUUGUAAAAAGUAAGUAUAUAUUUUUAUAUCACUUGUUUAAAUGGACUUAGGGUGACUUUGGAUAAUAAGGACAUCUACUUAAUUUUAAAGCCAUGAUAAUUAUUAUUGGCUGAGUGAUAAAUAAAACCAUGGGUAAUUGCCAUCAAUAAAA